GCCCCCUCGACCCGUUCGCGGCACCGAACGGGACCGGGCGGCACCGGAGCGACCGCAGCGCCCCCUGGCGGAGCGGCACCACCCCCGGACCCCCCCUCGGGCACGGCCGAACCUUCCCGGGCCGUCCCGGUCCCGGUCCGGGUCCCGAGCGGGCACCGCCGGCCGUCCCCGAGCCCUCGGACCGGGUCAGAACCGGCACCGAGACAGCGCCGAGCCCUCGUCCCGCCCUCACCGGGCGGCACCGAGCGCUCCCCGGGCCGGACCGGGCGGCACCGCUCUGCCGGCCGCCGCUGACCCCGUCCGGCCAGCUCUGACCUUGCCCAGGCCGGACCGGUCCGGACCGGAGCGCCCCGAGCGCCGCCGCUCCCCGCCCGGUGUCGGUCCCGGUGUCGGUCCCGGUGCCGGUCCCGGUGCCGGUCCCGGUGCCGGUCCCGCCAUGGCGGCUCCGCUCGGCCCCGCCGGGUUCCAGUUCGCCAUCGACCGCGGCGGGACCUUCACGGACGUGUUCGCCCGCUGCCCCGGCGGCCGCGUCCGCGUCCUCAAGCUGCUCUCCGAGGACCCCGCGUACCGGGACGCGCCCACCGAGGGCAUCCGCCGCGUCCUGCAGGAGGAGCUGGGGGUGCCCCUGCCCCGGGACCAGCCCCUGGACGGAUCCCGGAUCCAGUGGAUCCGCAUGGGCACCACGGUGGCCACCAACGCGCUGCUGCAGCGCCGGGGCGAGCGCGCGGCCCUGGCCGUGACCCGCGGCUUCCGACACCUGCUGCACAUCGGCACCCAGGCCCGGCCCCGCCUCUUCGACCUGGAGGUGGCCAUGCCCGAGGUGCUCUACGAGGAGGUGAUCGAGGUGGACGAGCGGCUGAUCCCGGAGCAGGAGGAUUGUCACCUGCCCGGCAGUGACAGCUGGCCCCGGGUGCAAGGUGUCUCAGGUGUCACCCUGCUGGUGCAGCGCCCUCUGGACGUGUCGCGGCUCCGCGCGGACCUGGAGCGGCUCCUGGCCCGCGGCAUCCGGAGCCUGGCGGUGCUGCUGCUGCACAGCUACGCGUGGCCGGGUCACGAGGAGCAGGUGGGCGCCCUGGCCCUGGCCCUGGGUUUCUCGCAGGUGUCGCUGUCCUCGGCCGUGGCCGGCAUGGCGCGGGCGGUGCCGCGGGGGCUCACGGCCUGCGCCGACGCCUACCUGAGCCCAGGUGUGCGGAGAUACCUGCAGGGCUUCUGCCAGGGCUUCCGGGACGGGCUCAAGGGGGUCCAGGUGCUGUUCAUGCGCUCGGACGGGGGGCUCACGCCCAUGGCCACUUUCGGGGGGGCGCGGGCCAUCCUGUCGGGCCCGGCCGCGGGGGUCGUGGGCUACGCCCGGACCACCUUCGACCCCCGGGACGGGACCCCCGUCAUCGGCUUCGACAUGGGAGGCACCUCGACCGACGUGAGCCGCUUCGCGGGCGAGCUGGAGCACGUGUUCGAGGCCAGCACGGCCGGGGUCGCCAUCCAGGCCCCGCAGCUGGACAUCAACACCGUGGCGGCCGGGGGGGGGUCCCGCCUCUUCUUCAGGUCCGGGCUCUACGUGGUCGGUCCCGAGUCCGCGGGCGCCCACCCGGGCCCCGCCUGUUACCGCAAGGGCGGUCCCCUGACUGUCACCGACGCCAACCUGGUGCUGGGCCGGCUGCUCCCCGAGUUCUUCCCGCGGAUCUUCGGUCCCGACGAGAGCCAGCCCCUCUGUCGCGACACGGCCGUGGCGGCCUUCCGCCAGCUGGCCGCCACCAUCCGCGCCUUCCAGGGCGACAGCGGCGACACGGCUGGCGACACGGCUGGCGACAAUCUCUCGGUGGAGGAGGUGGCGCUGGGCUUCAUCCGCGUGGCCAACGAGGCCAUGUGCCGGCCCAUCCGCGCCCUGACGCAGGCGCGGGGACACGACGCGGCGCGGCACGUGCUGGCGUGCUUCGGGGGCGCCGGGGGGCAGCACGCGUGUGCCAUCGCCCGCACGCUGGGCAUGGCCCGCGUCUUCAUCCACAAGCACAGCGGGCUGCUCUCGGCGCUGGGGCUGGCGCUGGCGGACGCGGUGCAGGAGGAGCAGGAGCCGUGCGCGCUCCCGUACGGCCCCGGCGCGUUCCCGCGGCUCGAGGCGCGCCUCCGCGAGCUGGAGCGGCGCUGCCGGGACGCGCUGCGCGCGCAGGGCUUCGCACCGGAGCAGAUCCGCACCGAGCCCUUCCUGCACCUGCGCUACGAGGGCACCGACUGCGCCCUGAUGGUGUCACCGCGGGGCCACCCCCCGCGCCCGGGCACCUGCGGGGCAGGGGACUUCCUGGCGGCCUUCACCGCCAGGUACCAGCAGGAGUUCGGUUUCACCAUCCCGGGCCGGGCCGUGCUCGUGGACGAUCUGCGGGUCAGGGGCACCGGCAGCACCGAGCCCGUGCCCGAGCCCCCCCUGGGCCCCCGGGGGGCGCCCCCGAGAGUGGAGACGGUGACCCGGUGCUAUUUCGAGGGGGGGUACCAGGACACCCCCGUGUUCCUGCUGGGCGAGCUGGGCUCGGACCACGCCCUGCCCGGACCGGCCAUCGUCAUCGACACCAACAGCACCAUCGUGGUGGAGCCGGGCUGCGUGGCGCGGGUGACGCCGCUCGGGGACAUCAGCAUCGAGGUGGGCGCGGGGCCAGCGCGGGCGGUGGGCACGGCCCUGGAGCCCGUGACGCUCUCGGUGUUCUCGCACCGCUUCAUGAGCAUCGCAGAGCAGAUGGGGCGCACGCUGCAGCGCACGGCCAUCUCCACCAACAUCAAGGAGCGCCUGGACUUCUCCUGCGCCCUCUUCGGGCCCGACGGGGGGCUCGUGUCCAACGCCCCCCACAUCCCCGUGCACCUGGGCGCCAUGCAGGAGGCCGUGCAGUUCCAGAUCCGUAACCUGGGCCCGGAGCUGCGCGAGGGGGACGUGAUCCUGAGCAACCACCCGAGGGCGGGGGGCAGCCACCUGCCCGACCUGACCGUCAUCACACCUGUGUUCUGGCCAGGUGAGCCCCGCCCCGUGUUCUUCGUGGCCAGCCGUGGGCACCACGCCGACGUGGGCGGCUCCAGCCCGGGCUCGAUGCCGCCGCACUCGCAGAGCCUGGCCCAGGAGGGCGCGGCCUUCGUGUCCUUCAAACUGGUCACCAACGGGGAAUUCCAGGAGCAAGCUGUCACCGAGGCGCUGCUGGCCCCCGGCGCUGUCCCCGGCUGCUCGGGGACGCGGAACCUGCGGGACAACCUGGCCGACCUGCGGGCUCAGGUGGCCGCCAACCAGAAAGGGAUCGGGCUGGUGCGGGAGCUGAUCGGGCAGUGCGGGCUGGCGGCCGUGCAGGCCUACAUGGGCCACGUGCAGGCCAACGCGGAGGUGGCCGUCAGGGACACGCUGCGGGCGGUGGCCGCGCGCUGGUGGACGUCGCUGGCGGCCGAGGACACGAUGGACGAUGGCACCCCCAUCCGGCUGAGGGUGACACUGGAGCCCAAAGAGGGCAGCGCCGUGUUCGAUUUCGGGGGACGGGACCCCAAGUUUUUGGGGAACUGCAACGCCCCCCGCGCCAUCACCCUGUCGGCGCUGAUCUACUGCCUGCGGUGCCUGGUGGGGCACGACAUCCCCCUGAACCAGGUGAGACCCCAAAACCACCCCAAAUACACCCCAAAAACAGCCUGGGCACCCCAAAAACAGCCUGAGCACCCCAAAAACCCCAAAACACACCCCAAAAACCCCAAACCCCGCUGGGGGCUCCCGGGGGCGCCGGGGCUGAAUCUGCUGCUGCGGCGGGACGGGCGCGUGAUCAACCUGGGGGGCAAGAGCUCGGUCUGCGUGGAGCCGGGGGACAUUUUCCGCCUGCUGACCCCGGGCGGGGGCGGUUUCGGCCCCCCCGAGGACGGGGCAGGGGGCGCCCCCCAGGACCCCCCGGACCCCCAGGACCUCUGGGCCCCCCAGAACCCCCCGGACCCCCGGGACCCCCCGGACCCCCGGGACCCCCGGGACCCCCCGAGCCCACGAACCUUCCUGGAGCGCGGCAGCGUCUUCGAGUUCCGGCAGGCGCAGGAGGCCGUGUGACCCCCAAACCCGCUAUGGGGCACCCCAAACCCGCUAUGGGGCACCCCAAACCCGCUAUGGGGCACCCCAAACCCCACUGUGACCCCAAACCCGCUAUGGGGCACCCCAAACCUGCUAUGGGGCACCCCAAAACCAGCUAUGGGGCACCCCAAAUCCCACCGUGACCCCAAAACUGCUGUGGGGCACCCCAAACCCCACUGUGUGACCCCAAACCCCACCGUGUGACCCCAAACCCGCUAUGGGGCACCCCAAACCCGCUAUGGGGCACCCCAAACCCCACUGUGUGACCCCAAACCCACUGUGACCCCAAACCAGCUAUGGGGCACCCCAAAACAGCUGUGUGACCCCAAAGCUGCUAUGGGGCACUCCAAAACUGCUAUGGUGCACCCCAAACCCGCUAUGGGGCACCCCAAAGCUGCUAUGGGGUACCCCAAAACAGCUGGGGGGCACCCCAAAACAGCUGUGUGACCCCAAACCCACUGUGACCCCAAACCAGCUAUUGGGCACCCCAAACCCCACUGUGACCCCAAACCCGCUAUGGGGCACCCCAAACCCCACUGUGUGACCCCAAACCCACUGUGACCCCAAAGCUGCUAGGGGGCACCCCAAAACAGCUGGGGGGCGCCCCAAAGCUGCUAUGGGGCACCCCAAAACUGCUACGGGGCACCCCAAACCCCACUGUGACCCCAAAACAGCUGUGGGGCACCCCCAAAACAGCUGGGGGGCGCCCCAAAACCGCUAUGGGGCACCCCAAAACAGCUGUGUGACCCCAAACCCACUGUGACCCCAAACCAGCUGUGGGGCACCCCAAAACCGCUAUGGGGCACCCCAAACCCGCUAUGGGGCACCCCAAACCCCACUGUGACCCCAAACCCACUAUGGGGCACCCCAAACCCCACUGUGACCCCAAAGCUGCUAUGGGGCACCCCAAAACAGCUGUGUGACCCCAAACCCACUGUGACCCCAAACCAGCUGUGGGGCACCCCAAAACCGCUAUGGGGCACCCCAAACCCCACUGUGACCCCAAACCCAUUGUGACCCCAAAACCGCUAUGGGGCACCCUAAAACAGCUGGGGGGCAGCCCCAAACCCCACCGUGUGACCUCAAAACAGCUGGGGGGUGCCCCAAAACCAGCUAUGGGGCACCCCAAAGCUGCUAUGGGGCACCCCAAAACCAGCUAUGGGGCACCCCAAAACUGCUAUGGGGCACCCCAAACCCGCUAUGGGGCACCCCAAACCCGCUAUGGGGCACCCCAAACCCCACUGUGACCCCAAACCCCGCUGUGUGACCCCAAACCCCACUGUGUGACCCCAAAACCAGCUAUGGGGCACCCCAAACCCCACUGUGACCCCAAACCCCGCUGUGUGACCCCAAACCCCGCUGUGUGACCCCAAAACCAGCUAUGGGGCACCCCAAACCCCACUGUGACCCCAAACCCGCUAUGGGGCACCCCAAAACAGCUGGGGGUGCCCAAAACCAGCUAUGGGGCACCCCAAAACAGCUGUGUGACCCCAAACCCACUGUGACCCCAAAGCUGCUAUGGGGCACCCCAAAACAGCUGGGGGGCGCCCCAAAGCUGCUAUGGGGCACCCCAAAACCGCUAUGGGGCACCCCAAACCCUGCUGUGUGACCCCAAACCCCGCUGUGUGACCCCAAAACCAGCUGUGGGGCACCCCAAAACAGCUGUGUGACCCCAAACCCACUGUGACCCCAAACCAGCUGUGUGACCCCAAAACAGCUGUGGGGCAGCCCCAAACCCCACUGUGGGACCCCAAACCCCACUGUGGGACCCCAAAUCCGCUGUGGGACCCCAAAACAGCUGUGGAGCCACCCCAAACCCCGCUAUGGGGCAGCCCCCCCCAGAUAGGCACAGUCCAUGGGGCAGCCCCCCAACUCCGCUAUGGGGCAGCCCCCCCUAGAGACACACAGUGCAUGGGGCAGCCCCCCAACUCCACUAUGGGGCAGCCCCCCCCAGAUACGCACAGUCCAUGGGGCAGCCCCCCCAACUCCACUAUGGGGCAGCCCCCCCCAGAUACGCACAGUCCAUGGGGCAGCCCCCCAACUCCACUAUGGGGCAGCCCCCCACCCACCCCAGCUCUGCACCCCCUCCAUGGGGCAGCUCCUGUCCCCCGCCAUGGGGCAGCCCCCCCUUUAGAUACUCACAGCCUAUAGGGCAGCCCCCCCAACCCCUCUAUAGGGCAGCCCCUCCCAAACCCUGCUAUGGGGCAGCCCCCGAGCCCCCUAUAGGGCAGCCCCCCAUCCCUGCUAUGGGGCAGCCCCCUGACCCUGCUAUAGGGCAGCCCUCCCUAGAUACACACAGUCCAUAGGGCACCCCCUAACUCCUCUAUGGGGCAGCCCCCCACCCACUCCAGCUAUGCACAGUCUGUAGGGCACCCCCCUUCCUCCUCUAUGGGGCAGCCCCUGACCCCGCUAUGGGGGCAGCCCCUGACCCCGCUAUGGGGCAGCCCCCUGACCCUGCUAUGGGGCAGCCCCCUGACCCUGCUAUAGGGCAGCCCCCUGACCCUGCUAUGGGGCAGCCCCCCUUAGAUACACACAGUCUAUGGGUCACCCCCCCUAACUCCUCUAUGGGGCAGCCCCCCCAUCCCAUCUAUGCACCUGCUAUGGGGCAGUCUGACCCUGCUAUGGGGCAGCCCCCCCUAGAUACACACAAUCUAUAGGGCACUCCCCUUCCUCCUCUAUGGGGCAGUCUGACCCUGCUAUGGGGCAGCCCCUGACCCUGCUGUAGGGCAGCCCCCCCUUUAGAUACGCACAAUCCAUAGGGCAGCCCCUAACUCUACUAUGGGGCAGCCCCCCCACCCCUGCUAUGCACAGUCUGUAGGGCACCCCUCUUCUCCUCUAUGGGGCAGCCCCUGACCCCGCUAUGGGGCAGCCCCCUGACCCUGCUAUGGGGCAGCCCCUGACCCUGCUAUGGGGCAGCCCCUGACCCCGCUAUGGGGCAGUCUGACCCUCCUCUAUGGGGCAGCCCCCAACUCCAGCUAUACACCUGCUAUGGGGCAGCCCCUAACCCUGCUAUGGGGCAGCUCCUGACCCUGCUAUGGGGCAGCUCCUGACCCCACUGUGGGGCAGCCCCCCCUUUAGAUACGCACAAUCCAUAGGGCAGCCCCCAACUCCACUAUGGGGCAGCCCCCCACCCCUGCUAUGCACCUGCUAUGGGGCAGCACCUCCCCUAGACACUCACAGCCUAUAGGGCAGCCCCCAUCCCUGCUAUGCAUCUCCUCUAUGGGGCAGCCCCUGACCCUGCUAUAGGGCAGCCCCCAUCCCUGCUAUGGGGCAGCCCCUCCCCUCUAGAUACACACAGUCUAUAGGUCAGCCCCCUACCUCCUCUAUGGGGCAGCUCCUGACCCUGCUAUAGGGCAGCCCCCCCUAGACACGCACAAUCCAUAGGGCAGCCCCCCACCCACUCCAGCUAUGCAAAGUCUAUGGGGCAGCCCCCCAUUGCUAGAUAGAGCCCAUAGGGCAGCCCCCCAACCCCUCUAUAGGGCAGCCCCCGACCCUGCUAUGGGGCAGUCUGACCCUGCUAUGGGGCAGCCCCCCCUAGAUACACACAAUCUAUAGGGCACUCCCCUUCCUCCUCUAUGGGGCAGUCUGACCCUGCUAUGGGGCAGCCCCUGACCCUGCUGUAGGGCAGCCCCCCCUUUAGAUACGCACAAUCCAUAGGGCAGCCCCUAACUCUACUAUGGGGCAGCCCCCCACCCCUGCUAUGCACAGUCUGUAGGGCACCCCUCUUCUCCUCUAUGGGGCAGCCCCUGACCCCGCUAUGGGGCAGCCCCCUGACCCUGCUAUGGGGCAGCCCCUGACCCUGCUAUGGGGCAGCCCCUGACCCCGCUAUGGGGCAGUCUGACCCUCCUCUAUGGGGCAGCCCCCAACUCCAGCUAUACACCUGCUAUGGGGCAGCCCCUAACCCUGCUAUGGGGCAGCUCCUGACCCUGCUAUGGGGCAGCUCCUGACCCCACUGUGGGGCAGCCCCCCCUUUAGAUACGCACAAUCCAUAGGGCAGCCCCCAACUCCACUAUGGGGCAGCCCCCCACCCCUGCUAUGCACCUGCUAUGGGGCAGCACCUCCCCUAGACACUCACAGCCUAUAGGGCAGCCCCCAUCCCUGCUAUGCAUCUCCUCUAUGGGGCAGCCCCUGACCCUGCUAUAGGGCAGCCCCCAUCCCUGCUAUGGGGCAGCCCCUCCCCUCUAGAUACACACAGUCUAUAGGUCAGCCCCCUACCUCCUCUAUGGGGCAGCUCCUGACCCUGCUAUAGGGCAGCCCCCCCUAGACACGCACAAUCCAUAGGGCAGCCCCCCACCCACUCCAGCUAUGCAAAGUCUAUGGGGCAGCCCCCCAUUGCUAGAUAGAGCCCAUAGGGCAGCCCCCCAACCCCUCUAUAGGGCAGCCCCCGACCCUGCUAUGGGGCAGUCUGACCCUGCUAUGGGGCAGUCUGACCCUGCUAUGGGGCAGCCCCUGACCCUGCAAUAGGGCAGCCCCCUAACCCUGCAAUAGGGCAGCCCCCUGACCCUGCUAUGGGGCAGCCCCCCCCCUAGAUACGCACAAUCCAUAGGGCCGCCCCUCACCCACUCCAGCUAUGGGGCAGCCCCCAACUCCAGCUAUGCACCUGCUAUGGGGCAGCCCCUGACCCCACUGUGGGGCAGCCCCCCCUAGAUACACACAGUCUAUAGGUCACAAUCCAUAGGGCACCCCCCAACUCCACUAUGGGGCAGCCCCCCAUCCCAUCUAUGCACCUGCUAUGGGGCAGCACCUCCUUUAGAUACUCACAGCCUAUAGGGCAGCCCCCAUCCAUGCUAUGGGGCAGCCCCUCACCCUGCAAUAGGACAGCCCCCUGACCCUGCUAUGGGGCAGCCCCUCACCCUGCUAUGGGGCAGCCCCCCCCUAGAUACGCACAAUCCAUAGGGCAGCCCCUCACCCACUCCAGCUAUGGGGCAGCCCCCAACUCCAGCUAUGCACCCCCUCUAUGGGGCAGCCCCUGACCCCACUGUGGGGCAGCCCCCCCUAGAUACACACAGUCUAUAGGUCACAAUCCAUAGGGCAGCCCCCAACUCCACUAUGGGGCAGCCCCCCACCCCUGCUAUGCACCUGCUAUGGGGCAGCACCUCCCCUAGAUACUCACAGCCUAUAGGGCAGCCCCCAUCCAUGCCAUGGGGCAGCCCCCAUCCCUGCUAUGCACCUCCUCUAUGGGGCAGCCCCUGACCCUGCUAUAGGGCAGCCCCCAUCCCUGCUAUAGGGCAGCCCCCCCUCUAGAUACACACAGUCUAUAGGUCAGCCCCCUACCUCCUCUAUAGGGCAGCCCCCCCUAGAUACGCACAAUCCAUAGGGCAGCCCCCCACCCACUCCAGCUAUGCAAAGUCUAUGGGGCAGCCCCCCAUUGCUAGAUAGAGCCCAUAGGGCAGCCCCCCAACCUCUCUAUAGGGCAGCCCCUCCCAAACCCUGCUAUGGGGCAGCCCCUUAACCCUGCAAUAGGGCAGCCCCCUGACCCUGCUAUGGGGCAGCCCUCCCCUAGAUACGCACAAUCCAUAGGGCAGCCCCUCACCCACUCCAGAUAUGGGGCAGCCCCCAACUCCAGCUAUGCACCUGCUAUGGGGCAGCCCCUAACCCUGCUUGGGGCAGCCCCCGACCCUGCUAUGGGGCAGUCUGACCCUGCUAUGGGGCAGCCCCUUAACCCUGCAAUAGGGCAGCCCCCUGACCCUGCUAUGGGGCAGCCCCUCACCCUGCUAUGGGGCAGCCCCCCCCUAGAUACGCACAAUCCAUUGGGCAGCCCCUCACCCACUCCAGCUAUGGGGCAGCCCCCAACUCCAGCUAUGCACCUGCUAUGGGGCAGCCCCUAACCCUGCUUGGGGCAGCCCCCAUCCCCGCUAUAGGGCAGUCUGACCCUGCUAUGGGGCAGCCCCCAUCCCCGCUAUGGGGCAGUCUGACCCUGCUAUGGGGCAGCCCCCAUCCCCGCUAUGGGGCAGUCUGACCCCGCUAUGGGGCAGUCUGACCCUGCUAUGGGGCAGCCCCCGACCCCGCUAUGGGGCAGUCUGACCCUGCUAUGGGGCAGCCCCCCCUAGAUAUGCACAGUCUAUAGGGCAGCCCCCCUCCCCAGCUCAGCCCCUCCAUUGGGGGGGGCCCAGCUCCCCCCUUUGGGGGUCUCCCCCCACUUCCCCCCCAGCCUCCAAUAAAGCUUCUUGUGCCCCCCA